UAAUGGAGAGAUGAAAUAAAAAAGAACUAGUAGUAGUUGAUAGAGUGUGUGAUUGUUGGGUGAUGAGAGAUGGCGGAUGCGGCAGUGACAUUCCUAUUGGAAAACGUGGUGCAGCUGGUGACGUACCAGGUGAACCUCAUCGGCGGCGCGGAGGAUGAGUUGAAUCGGUUGAAAAAGGAUCUGGGGACGUUGAACUCCUUCCUCCGCGACGCCGCCAAGAUGGCAAACAAGCCGGAGGGAUUCAGAGACAUAGAGAGACGGAUCCGAGAUGUGGUUUAUGAGGCUGAAGACACCAUCGACUCUUGCAUAAGCAACAACGCUGCAGCUGCAAGUACCAAGAAUCCCGUCCGCAAACUUUUAAAAUCAAAGCGUGUCAGCCUCGCCGAAGAAGUCAAGUCCCUUAGAGAGGGAGAGGUUUGCGAGAUGGUGAAGACAGUCCAAACCUUCAUCGCCAAUUCUAUGGCCAACAACUCCCAACAACGCCACCUGGAUUUGCCUUCCAACCCCUUCAAGCCCCAGACAAUCAGGGAAGCAAACGUGGUGGGUUUCGAAGAGGCUGAAAAAAAAAUCUUGGGGUAUUUGCGUGAACCAAAGGAAAAAUUGGAUGUUAUGUCUAUAGUUGGUAUGCCAGGUUUGGGGAAGACCACACUGGCAUGGAAAGUAUUCAAGAACCAAGAUGUGAUCAGUGAAUUCCCCAAUCGCAUCUGGGUAUACGUUACCCAGACACCGAAUAUCAAGAAUGUGUUCCUUGAGAUUCUCAAGGAGUUCACUAGCGAGGACAUGUCAGGUCUUCGUUUUGAUAAGUUGAAAGAGACGGUUCAGUAUUAUCUGAAUGAUAGAAAAUUCUUGCUAGUCUUAGAUGAUGUGUGGACUACGGAGGCUUGGAAUGCUAUCAACGUGGUUUUGCAAAACAGCUAUAGCAUGAGUAAAGUCAUCGUCACUAGUCGCCAUGAGGGUGUUGGAAACAAAGCUAGUCUUCCAAGGAAAUCCUAUAACCUACCUUUAUUGUUGCCUGCACAAAGUUGGGAACUUCUCCAGUAUGAAGUAUUUGGUCAACUCAAAAAGUGCCAUGCUAAUUUGAAUGUUGUUGGGCAAUGUAUAGCCACAAAUUGUGGUGGAUUGCCACUUUCAAUCGUGGUGAUUGGAGGAAUUCUUUUGGAUAAAUGUUCAAAGAAUGUGGAUAUAAGUGUGAUUAAAGACGAGUGGCUUAAGGUGUCAGGUCAUGUGACAGAUUUUUUAAAAAAUGACGUGAAACAACAGGUCUCAAAUAUUGUGGAAUUAAGUUACAACAGUCUACCUGAUAAAUUGAAAGAUUGUUUGCUAUAUUUGAGGGUGUUUCCAGAAGACUAUGAGAUAUCUGUUUGGAAAUUAGUCCGCAUGUGGAUUGCAGAAGGAUUCAUACAAGGAGAGGGCUUGGAGGAAACUGCAGAAGAGUAUCUGAAAGAUUUGAUCAGCAUGAACUUAGUGAUGGCUGUUAAAAGAAAUAUCAAAGGUGAAGUUAAAACAUGCCGCAUUCAUGAUGUGGUGUAUGCAUUCUGUGGUUCAAAAUUAUUACAGGAGCAACAAAGGUUCUUCUAUGAAAUGAAAUGUGUGAAUAAUGAUUUUGUCCCUCCAUCGUCUGAGAUUGGCAAACCCCGCCGUCUUUGCUUCCAUUCUGAACUUGAUAGCUUCCUCAGUGACAAGGAAAAGAUGAACUUUGAUCGCAUCCGUUCUCUUUUAUUCUUCUAUAAGGCGCCAGCGAAUUUCCCAGAUAAGUAUACACCUACAAUGGUUAAAGGAUUCAAUAUGCUCCGAGUUUUGGAAUCUGAGUUCAACAGAAUGAAUCAGAUUCCUAAAGGUGUAACCGAACUAUAUCACUUGAGGUACCUUACUAUAUGUGUUGAUACUCUGAAAACUCUUGCUGAAGACUUCUCCAACCUGUGGAACCUUCAAACUCUUGUAAUCUACACUAAGAUGGAAUCCAUUACGAUCAAAGCAAAUAUAUUGAAGAUGAUACAACUGAGGCAUCUGAAGACAAAUGUGGGCAUUAUCGGAGUCGGCAAAGGGGAUGGUGUGAGGUGUACGAGUCUCCAAACCCUGAGCAGAAUAUCACCUGAAAUUUGUACCACCAAUUUCUUCAACAAGUUCCCAAACUUGAAGAGGUUAGGCAUUCAAGGAAAAUUGGCCAAUCUGUUUCAAACAAAUUCUUUGGGAAUGCUUAAUCAACUUGAAAAGUUAAAGCUGGUGAAUACACAUCACGAUUCAGAAUCCCGGGGGUCAAUGCGGUUUCCUGAGUUAGCAAGCUGGUUCCCUUUAAAACUCAAGAUGCUGACUAUUGAGGGUACUAGUUUGGAUUGGAAUCAUAUGUCUAAGUUGGGGAUGAUAGAAACCCUCCAGGUCCUCAAAUUGAAAGACAAUGCAUUCACUGGAAUGGCUUGGGAGGUUGUUGGUGGAGGUUUCCACUCUCUCCAUUUUUUGCUCAUUGAAGAUACAGAGUUACUUGUAUGGGAGGCCUCAAAAAAUAGUUUUCCUAGACUUAGGUUUCUUGUGCUUAGACAGUGCAGGAAACUCCAAGGAAUCCCCGAUGCUGUGGUGGGAAUCCUGGAGAAAUUGGACAUAGAGCAUCUAUCAGCAACUGCAGUUGAUUCUGCCAAGAAAAUAGCUGCGAAGAAAGAGGCAAAUCAAGAGAAAGAGGGAGCUUCCAGGUUCAAGCUCACCAUAGGUGUUGGAUGCGAAUCAGAUUAAAUCAGUAUGGAAUAAUGAAGUGAAGAAGACAAGUGGUGAAGCCUGUCUUUGACCUCUAAAAUAAAUAUUGGCCUACCUUGUCUCGGGCCAAGAAGAACUGUAUGCAUGCUAAAACGUUUUCACAACACUGCGUGAUUUCUUUUAGUUAUCGUUUGUAAGUUGGGUCGAGCAUGUUGUAAGCUCCUUCAUGGGUUUUUCUUCGUUUGGUUCUUUUCCCAUGUCGUAGUCACUGAAUCAAACUUGGACUCUAGUUUCUUAUAAAUAGGGGAUGUAUCUCUCACAAGAUAUAACGUUUAGUAAGAAACCUAAUUUCUCCCAUCCCUAA